GAUGUGGGCCGGAGCCUGGCGCAGGGGUGCCGCUGACCAUUGUGGAGCUUCGGGCCGACACGGGAGCGUCAUGGGUGUCGAUGUUCAUACUAUUUCGCCGGGAAAUGGUGAGACCUUCCCAAAGCCAGGACAGCAAGUAGUUGUGCAUUACACAGGAACACUAAUGGAUGGCAAGAAGUUUGAUUCUUCACGAGAUCGUGGUAAACCUUUUAAAUUCCGAAUUGGUCAAGGUGAAGUAAUUCGUGGCUGGGACGAAGGUGUUGCUCAGAUGUCUGUUGGUCAGAAAGCUAAGCUGGUGUGCAGUCCCGACUAUGCCUAUGGAGAAAGAGGUUUCCCUGGUGUGAUUCCACCAAAUGCCACACUAACAUUUGAUGUAGAGCUGCUAGCGGUGGAGGCAUAAACACAGACUGUGCUGCUGCCAUAUGGGUUGGGAAGGCUAGUGUAAGGAAUUUUGAUGUGUACCAUAGGGGUUCCCUCAUUCAUAUUUUCUUGUUUAGUUGAUACUGUGAUACAUGUGAUAAACACGCUCUGAUGUAAUGAUUUUCAAGCAUUGAGAUCACCUAUCCACCAGAUAAAUAAGAAAAUAAAUUAAAUAACAAAAAUUAUUAUUCAAAUCAAGAUUUUCCCUUGUGGCAGUGGACUAUUGUUGUUGGGAAAAAAUAAUUGCCUUCAAUUGCUCAGGAACAAAUACUUUAAUGAAGGUGGAGUGGCCCCAGGUUGAGAAAGAUUCCCACUGCCAUCCCUUGUACCCACUAACGUUCUACGGACAUCCUUUACACCUGACUUGGGAUGUUGUAUGGACUGUUGGCACAUUGUGAAACUGGUUUAUUGUGUACUUUUUGAUUUUAGUAUUUUUUUUUUUUUUUUAGUUUUAUGUAACUACAUCUGCCUCUGACCUCAGUGAUGAUUUAUACUUUACACAUAUAGCCCUGAAAGUAUAUUACUUAAGCCUAUAUACAAAAUUAUUAUGCAUACCAAAUGACAAAGUAUACUGAAGUGGGUUUACUUGGCUGAAUUUGACUUGUUUUAAAGUCAGGCAAUUAAGUUUGCAAAAUUUGGCUUACAGCUUGUAAUGCAACCUACAUGUAUAUCUGCAAAAUUUAUAGAAUGCUUACAUAAAGAUAGUUGAUUAUGUAUUAUGUACACCAGAGCCUCUGUAUGCCACAGCCUGUGUAUACCAGGGCUUAUAGUUUACAGGUAGCAGCAGACUAUACAUACCAUUUUGAUGUAGGUUAAUGCUGGAAGUUUACCUUCACUUAAUUUUACAAAGCAUAUGAUUGGAUAAUAUUCAGUCCAGUAUUAUCAUCACUAAUUAUCUACGCAUGUAUUCAGUACACACUUUGGAAUAGGAAUACAGUACUUAGCACUAUGCUGUUGGAUGAUGCAUUAAGAAUUUUGCUUGUGAAUUGUAAAUUAAUGUAAAACACAUGUUUCUGAAUGCAUCAGAUGUAAGGUCGUGUUUAUUGCUGGGCACAAGCAUUUCCUCCCAAGAUUUGCUUAACAUUCUGACUUUUGGUGCAACAGUGAAAGAGAACAUUCCCAUGCAUGUUCCCUGGAGUGGAAUAUAAAGUUCUGGCUUAGCCUGUGCUUUUAGUCUAGAUGUAGAAUCUUGGAAUAUGCAGCUUGACCCAUGUAAGGUCAUAUAUCAUGAUCCCAGUCCAUCUCCAUACUUCAUACUCUGUACCUUUUUCUUUUGUAACUUCUCAGUACAAGGUUCUUCUGGUCAAAUAAAGUAUGUAUGAAAA